AUGCCUGUUGGUCAGCAAGAUUCCGGUAUGACGAGCGGCGUCAAGUUUGUCACAUCGACAGUUGGAAACACAGUUGGAGGAGCUACAAAUUUGCUGGGAGGCGUUGUGGGAGCGGUGGGCAGGGGAACUGGUGAAGUUAUCGAGGGGGCAACGGGGAGUGCAGGACGGCCGGUUGCAAAGGGGCUUGCGGACGUCGGAACGAGUGUUGAGAAGGGGGCUAAUGAUGUUGCUGGGGGUGUCAAGCGUGCUGGAGAAGGAAAAUAG